ACCAAAGGGAGCGGCGGAAGGAUACGGGCGGGAGGCGCAUGCGCGGCAGGGGACAGGGCGGGCGGCUGCGUGCGAUGGGAGCUGUGGCGGCGGGCGCGCGAGCUCUGAGGGGCUGCGGCCGCCCGGUGCUGGGAUGGGGCAGCGGCCGCCGCCGGCUCUGGGCGCUGUCGGGACGCUGCGCCGCCGCUUCUCCCCCCACCGGCUCUUUGGCGGGCUCUGGUGCGCUGAGCCCGUUCGACCGGGGGCUGAAGCGGAAGCAGAAGAACUGGGCGGCGCGGCAGGCCGAGCCCGCCAAGUGCGAGUACCUGCGGGAGGAGGUCGGCGGCCGGAUAGCGGACAGGGUGUUUGACAUCACCAGAACAUUUCCUCUUGCGUUGGAUCUGGGCUCUGGAAGAGGUUACAUAGCUCAACAUUUAACCAAGGAAACAGUUGAAAAACUCAUUCAAGUUGAUAUUGCAGAGAAUGCUCUAAAAAAUGCUGUGGCAUCUGAAAUCCCUACAGUGCAUGUUGUAGCUGAUGAGGAAUUCCUUCCUUUCAAAGAAGAUACAUUUGAUCUUGUUGUCAGCAGCUUAAGUUUACAUUGGGUGAACGACCUUCCUAGAGCUUUUAAAGAGAUUCACCAAGUUCUUAAGCCAGAUGGAGUAUUCAUUGGUGCAAUGUUUGGGGGAGACACUCUGUAUGAGCUUCGCUGCUCUUUGCAGUUAGCAGAAUUGGAGAGAGAAGGAGGAUUUUCUCCUCAUGUAUCACCAUUCACUGCUGUCUCUGACUUAGGACACCUGCUGUCGAGAGCUGGCUUUAACACCCUGACUGUGGAUACUGAUGAAAUUCAGGUCAACUACCCAGGGUUGUUUGAGGUUAUGGAAGACUUGCAAGGUAUGGGGGAGAGUAAUUGCUCUUGGAAUAGAAAACCUCUGCUACACAGAGAGACAAUGUUGGCAGCUGCUGCGAUAUACCGAGAAAUGUAUGGAAACAGCGAUGGCUCGGUACCUGCCACCUUCCAAAUCUACUACAUGAUUGGCUGGAAGUUCCACGAAUCACAGGCAAGACCAGCCCAGAGAGGUUCUGCAACAGUUUCACUGGGAGAUCUGGCAAAAAUAGACAGACUUCUUUCAAGAGGAAAAAAAUAGUUCUUAAUCAGAAAUAGUUCUCUUGAAUCUUCUGUAAAACUUCAUCGCAAAUAGUCUUCACUUGUGCUUGUUUUAUGGCAUCAUUGUGGAAUUACAAUAAUCAGAAGGCAGUGGGUUGGUUUUUUUUACUGCAUGUGCUACAACAUCAUGUGUGUAAAAUGGUGUUUAUUUUUUGUUUCUAUAGAAAUAUGAGCCAUAUUCUAAGUGAAUGUAUCCUCUCUCAACUUUUAAUUAAAAUAUUAUCCUCAAACAUAA